ACAGCUUUUACCUUUGCAUGCAACAACUGCAAACUUCAUUCGUCCUAUACAUUCGUUACCAUUAAUUUAGCUAGCUCCAAAUAUGGUGGUCGAUCAUGGCUUCCGCCCGGCCUUCGUAUUACCACUAGUUCUGGUCUUUACCUUCUCAUUUAUGAGCUCCAAAACAAUAGUUGCGGGGGCUCGCUGCCUUCUGGAGACUUCCUUGCCUCAUGUGCCCGAGCUUCCGAAGCCUGAGCUGCCACCACUUACCAAUUUCCCAACGUUGCCAAAGCCUGAGCUGCCGCCGUUGCCUAAACCCGAAUUGCCAAAGUUUCCAAAGCCUGAGUUGCCACAUGAGCUUCCAAAGCCUGAGCUGCCACAGUUGCCGAAACCUGAAUUGCCAAAGUUUUCAAAGCCUGAGCUGCCGCAUGAGCUUCCAAAGCCUGAGUUGCCGCCAUUGCCUAAACCCGAAUUGCCAAAGUUUCCGAAGCCUGAGUUGCCACCACUCUCUAAAGCCGAAAAUGCACCAAAGCCAGAGGGCCUGAAAUUGGCUGAAGUGCCCCAUGUUCCAACCUUGCCUGCGGUGCCUCAACUUCCCAAGCCUGAAUUGCCACCACUUCCCGAGUUCCCAACGUUUCCAAAGCCUGAGCUGCCACCAUUGCCUAAGCCUGAAUUGCCAAAGUUGCCUGAAAUACCAACUCUUCCCCAUCUUCCAACUGAGCUACCAAAGCCCACAUUACCCUCCAUCCCUUCACUCACCCCACCUCACAAAACAACCCUUCCCUGAAUCAUAUGUAUAUGGGGGUUGAUUAAUUUAUUUUCCUCACUACUCAUCUAUAUAUCUCAGCUGGUUUUAUGACAUCCAUCCUUACAGAUGGAUUAUACUACUUAUGUAUCUUUGUAAUCAUUAAGUUCUCUUGAGUUUCUUUCUGAUCA